CAUGUACCCCUUGGCGGACCAGUUCACACCUUGCUCCCGGACCCAAUAGCCUCUCUUCAAGGCUGCGGUGGAGAUGGCGAGGCGCAGGGCGGAAGUGACGAGGACGCCACAAGCCCGCUCGCAUCACAGCCUUCGAGACGUCGGACCUUUACAAGCCCAGCUUUGACUCUCCCCCUCUCGCUGCGCCACUUGAGAGAAGAGGCACAACCACGCCUUGAGCGAUGGGGUUACUGGGUGCCAUGGCGAGCUUUGCGUGAGGGCUAGUUGGGGAUGUUUGGUGGAGAAACACGUAACUGACGGCGAAGCGCGUCAAAGCUUCCUCUCUUUCGAUCGUGCCCCUUCCGAUGGUGAGGUCGAGUCGGGCGUGGGAGGUGCGUUUUGGGUUAGCAGUUUGUAGGGUUGGGGUUUGUUUUUUGGCUUGUUGCUUUUUGGUUUGUGAGGGAGUAAUUAGGGUUUGAGUGGAUAUAGAGGUGGGGGGAGAGAGAGAUUGAUAGAGAUCGAGAGGAAGAUGGGGGAGACGGAAGCGGGGUUCGCGAAAUUGCAGGGGGAAGAUUUCGAGUAUUACAUGCAAACGUAUUCGAUUGUGUUGGGGAGGAAUAGCAAGAAGUCGGCGGUGGAUGUGGACUUGGCGGGACUGGGAGGGGGGAUGAACAUCUCUCGACAGCAUGCGAGGAUUUUGUAUGACUUCGAGCGCCAGCGGUUUGUGCUGGAGGUGCUGGGAAAGAAUGGGUGUUAUGUUGAAGGCGUGUUGCACUACCCGGGCAACACGCCCGUGAAAUUGGACUCGCAGGACCUGCUUCAGAUUGGCGAGAAGCGAUUCUAUUUUCUUCUUCCUGCGAAGAAAAUAGCGCGCUCGGUUGCGGCCGUGUCCAGCCCUCCGAAUCCUAGAAAACGGGCUGCUGGUGCCGGGAGAGCAGCGCCGGCUGCGUUGGUGCUAGGACCGUCUCCGCCAGCGAAGAAGGGAAGAGGCCAGGGCAGGAAUGGGCCGGCUGGUAGAGGCACCCGGGAGCGGAAGCAAGCGCCCGUGAGUCCGUGGAUUGGGCAGCAAAAGGUGGAACCUUUUCCUCCCGCUGGCAGCACCACAAGGGUGCGGGAGUCAUACAGGUAUGACGACGACGAGCCCGACGUAGGACACGAACAAUCUGAAGAAACAGAAGUGGUGAGGAUUAUUUUGGAGAAGCUGCAAAGCCAAUAUCAUCUUGGUGAGUGGAUGGCCGUGUCCAAAUUGCAUGCCGACAUAUUAGAUCACUUCCAGAGCAGGCAAAGGUCGUCCCAGUUUAUGCACAUCAUGGGCUUGGAUGAAGAUGGAAUCGAGAAGGAUGGCAAAGGAAACAGCAAGGCUUGGUCGGGGCUUGUGAAUCUGCUGAAACGGUACCCUCGAUACUUCGUCAUCAAUACCAAGCUGAAAGGAGGCAUCAGGGUGGAAUAUGUUUCUCUUUACACCGAGGAGCAGUAGUCUAUCUAUAUCCCCGUGAUGAGACAGCAGAAUUUCAUCUUCAUGAUUCCGCUCUACCUCGAAUCUUCACUGUAAAGUCAUGUAAUUACUUCUGUGAAGCCGUGGAGGUUGCAAUUCUGAUGACGUUGGUUGCGCCUAGCACCAUGUCCUCGCUGCUGCCAUUUGGAGGCUGGUUUUUUGUCGAUGCAAUCUGCGAAUAACAAUGGUGAAGAGACGUGUAAUCAGAUCAUCAGAACAUGGACUUCAACAAGCAAUGUACCUAGCAGUUUGUGGCAUGCUUUGUGAAGGUUGUUCAACCCGAGUGCUACAUCAGAAAGGGGGCGACUGCGUUAGUGUGUUCAUGUGCAGGAAUUGUGAUUAGAUCAUUUUUUCUGCAAGGAAAGACAACAGGCAGUCUUCACCCAUAAUUGUCUCAGGGCUCCUCAAUGUGUAUUCUUGAUGUCACUGGUAAUUCUUAUAAAUGUACCAUCUCCAUCUACUUGGAUACUUCAGUUGAUCUUUAGUGUUUGAUGCUCGAAAGUGAGCUUGGGACUGUUCUGACGCCAGUUUAGGAACGUCACGUUUCAUGUUUAUUGGACGAGGUGCAACUUGUUAUUUUAAGUUCAA